AUGAAUUAUGGACCUUCGAUCGCACAAGAGGAGCACACGCAACCAGAAAAAAGAGAUAGUGCAGCCGGGCUCGAACAGGUUGCCGGGGCGACCAAAGCAACGGGCGGAGGCCAGUCAGCAUGCAACGCGGUGAAGCCGAUCAAGCAAGGACUCAGUUGUGCUUCGAGGGACCACAGGUUUACAUUUCGCCUCGACAUGGUCCUUCCCGUCGACAAGUUCUUCUCAAAGAAAUCUCCGUCUGCUUGCAAAGAUGCCGCAGAUCGUCGAAGACGUAACGCGCCAGAAACUCAGACAUCUCCUCCAGAGUAUGGAAUCCCUCAAGCAAGAGAUGAAGUAUUUCGAGGGGAAAAUGAUGCAUUUGGAACGAUGUAUGAUGUUCAUCAAACUUCUGGGCUUGACGAAGACGAAGGGACGACAGGCAUUCUGGGCAGAUCCCAAGGGAAGAUGCCGACGAGCAUGGUAGUGGCACCAAAACAUAACCGAGGAUACGUCAAUAACUUCGCCAACAGCUUGGAAUGUCUGGAACGCGAUAUGAAGUAUUUCAGAGGGAAAAUGGAGCUCCUGGAGGAGUCCAUCGCGACCAUUAACAGAACUGCGUGGGCUGACACGGACAGAGCGAAUCGAGGAGAGGCUUGGAUACAUGGGCAUGAUUCUGGGAGAUUCUCUGAAGGAGGGCUGACGGUUUCCCUUGGGAGCAAAUUGGGAUUGACAGGAAGGCCAGGAAUCUGGAAAAUCCUCUGGAUCUGUGUACUAUGUGCCUCCAUCACGAUCACCAUCAUCCAGACGAGAGGAUUGAUUCUGAACUUCAUGAGGAACCCAAGCGCACAGGAUAUUCGGAUCGUGCGACCGAAUGGUGUGGAUUUUCCUGCAGUCACUGUUUGUCCUGGGUCGACGUGGAACAAAACAGCACUAAGGCUCUAUAACUUAACGAAGAACGAUGUUUACGUCUACGGCAAGGGAUUCGUACUGAAUAGAUUAAACAUGAGCCUCGACGAAGCUCUGUAUUUCUUCUCCAUGAAUGACUUGAGCUUCGUGACUUCGUGCAUUGCCGUCUUGGAUUGCCAGGGAAAUGCAACUCUCACCUUGGUCAACGCGGGAAAAUGGAAAGAAUUGAGAUUUGCUAAAGUGGGUGAGGAUUCACUCGUCAAAGUCUGCUACACUUUCCGUGCAAACACGACGAUGGAGUUGGGGACUUCCUCCGCCGUCAUGGAAUUCAACUUCACGUUCCAAGACUUCGAGCGCGUCACUUACUUCGAGGUCCACAUCCACCCUCAGGACGAACCUUUCACAGACGGCCUGAGGGGGGUGCCGACGUCGAGGCAGACGCUGUUGCUCGGGCCGGGAAGCAGAUAUACGUUGAGUGUUUCUCCCAAGUCUUACCUAUACUUGCCUCGAGGGCAAGAGUGCAAUGCAGACAAGGACUACAACUUCGUCAAGGUCAUUUCGUGUGUGGCGGGAGCCGUGAAAGAGGAGUUCCUGAAGGGGGGACCGUGCGUCCUGCCUGCAAUGUUGCCCGAAGAUGAGACAAGCCAUAAGUCCCUUUGCAACAACUCGGAGGACUUGGAUCAAUUUUUAGACUUCUAUCACGAUGUGGAAGAACUUUUCAUCCCAGACUGCCUGAGGAAGUGCAACAGGACGACGUAUAACAUGUUGCUAAUCCCCGAAACACCACUCGAUAUGCCCAUGAAGCUGAUGCCCACCGUUCACCUGGAGCUGAACACCCCGAUAUCUGAUAUGGAGAUAGUGGAGGAGCUGGAGACAACCUCCGUGUAUCAGUUUCUGUCGGACAUGGGAGGCAUGAUCGGGCUGUACUUCGGAUUCUCCUUCCUCACCAUUUAUGAAUGCCUGGAAUUUCUCUUCGUUUAUGCUACCUCUCGAAUCGCCAGAGCUCACGUCCGACCAUGACCUCGUUGGGAUCGGCAAAAAAGGCUCUUUGGCUUUUGCACCACAUUUAGCUCGUGGCGAUUGGAAAACUGGGGAAGUUAUUUUUCGGGCCGCAGUAGUGACAGCAUUGACGCAGAGGUCAGGUGAUGACAAUUUUUGACAGUUGCUGGAAUGUUGAAAACUGGCUGUGACUGGACUUCUGUCUUACAUGUUCAAGUGACUCGGCACAUGAAAUAUCUGAACAUGGAAAAAGGAAAUUGUCGAUGGACUUUCGACAGC